AUGAAGCUUCACGUGACCACGCUACUCGUUAAAGAAGGCCUCGCGGUGCCAGCAGAUGCCUUGUGUCUCACGGCUCUCAAGGUGCUCUGCUUCUCAGAAUCAGAUCAGGGUCUUGCCUUGCCAGAGAAUAAACUGCAACUCGCUCUCGGAAGCACCCAUGGGGCUGGAUGCGCUCAUGGGCUGAAGCGGCUGGAGCUGAUGGGAUGUCCGCAGCUGAGCGAAGCCUCUGCUGGUCUGCCCCCCUCUCUUGAGACUCUCUGCUUGGGGCCCUUCCGGGAAGGCUCUUCCCUUGUUGUGGAUAUUUCCAAGCUGUCACAGCUGAGGGUGCUGAAGCUGAAGUGCGUUGGGGUUGUAUGUGGGCAUGCAGCGGCCGAGAGGUUGUUGGUCCUGGGACAGCAGGGGCCGAUUCAGCAGCUGGAGCAGGAGUUUGAAGGAGUAAGCCAGGCGCGCCUGAAUCAGUUGGAGGAGCUCGAGAUGCGUCUCGAAGGAAUGAGUCAGGAGUUCCUGCUUCCCUCAAAUGUUCUUCCUCGCCUGCGCAGCUUGCUCAUAGACGCGCCGGGAAUCCGCAGCCUCCCGGUAAACAUGGCAGCAGCGUUGCCAGAGCUACGGCAGCUGAAGCUUCUUUCAUGGGCGCCGGAAGAGCUGCCACGCGUCAUACUAGAGCUCUCAAAGCUGACGUCAUUGACCGUCCAUGCACCACAGCUCACUUCACUACCUGAGGACGUGAGCUGCUUGUCCCAGCUGCGCAAAGUGGAGUUGAUUCGCUGCACCGCCUUGCAGCACCUCCCGAAGAGCCUCACCCACGUGCAGCAGCUGGUGCUGCUGCAGGACACCUCCCUCCCCUCCCUUCCUGCGGAUCUGGUGCAGCUGACUCGGCUGGAGGACUCGCUUGCUGCUGAAUGA